AUGCCACCCACGGUCCUGUCUUCUACCUCCGUCCCCGAGGGCCUCGUCGAGCUUCUCGCCGGUCAUUUGCCCUAUUCCCUACCCCUCCUCCGCCGGCUGCAGUUCACUCGCUUCAAGGGAGGGCUGGCUCCAACUUCUAGAAUCAUCGUAACGCCGCCCGAUGCCUUUCGCCAAGAUGGGGAGAAGGAGACCAUCCACUUCACGGCGGCCUUUCUAGACCCUGCAACGUCACCCGAGACGCAGAUGUGGGUUUACUCAACGCUGGAGGACGGGAAAGUAUCGGAUUCGGACCGGGAGGUCUGCGCCGAGCAGAUCGUGGCCGUUGUUGAAGAAGCUCGGAGAAUUGGGAAUGCCUACGACGGAGAGAUGGCUUACCCCGGGAAUCUCUUGGUUGGCACUCUGCAUUCAGCCAUUCAAGAAGUCAUGAAAGAGAAGGGAAUCAAGUUUAAAUCAAAUUCGGCGGACCUCGGGUCCAACAAGUGGCUGUUUAGGAUGGAGGACUUGCCAAGUGGCGAGGUAGACUUGGCGGAUGGUUUGCACUGGCAUACGUUCGUUUUACUGCCCAGUCUCACGAUCAAGACGAGGGACAAGACUCCGAUUGCAUGGGCAUUUCUCGGUGUCGACGGUUCACUAUCGAGUCUUUACUGUGAGGAGGCCUACCGAGGACGGGGAUUCGCAAAGGCGUUGUCCGCGAAGCUGUUUAGAGCAGACACGGGUAAAUAUGGCGACGACGGCUGGUGUGCAGCCGAUGUAUCCCCGGACAAUACAAACAGUCAGGCCCUUUGCAAGAGUCUCGGUGGGACACUGUCCUGGAUUCAGCUAGAACUCUAG